AUGGCCACCAAGACUCACGCAACAUGGCAAGAUGAACUCGCAGCUGAAUGCCGCAAAUUGAGACUUCCAGCACCUAACUUCAACAUCGUCUCUGAUCGUCGUGGCGGACGUACAGCUUGGUCGGCCACAGUGACGAUCCAAGGACAGAACCUGGCGGCACGAUACUGGUACGAUGGUCAAUACAUCAACAAUGCCAAAGAAGAUGCUGCCGAGGUUGCUUGCACGAAACUCCGCAACCCUUCCAUCACUGCUUCCCGGUCCGACUCCUAUCGUACACCGGUGGGUCACUCUCAAGGUGGCUGGCACCGCUGA